AUGUCCACAUAUUCUGAAUCCAAUUUCAACACAAAGCACUACAAUCUGGCCAGGCCAUCGUAUCCUGACGAAUUCUACAAUACGUUAAUGGAUUAUCAUAAUUCCACCAACUCUGCCUACGAGCUAGCAUUGGAUAUCGGAUGUGGAUCCGGUUUCGUUGCUUUCAAGCUUCUUGAUUUCUUUGAUAAGGUCAUUGGUACUGACGUUUCCAGCACUAUGAUAAGUCAAUGCCGCAAAACGGCAAAGCCCAAUCAAAAUAUUCAAUUUCUUGAAGGUGCUGCAGAACUCUCUCCUCCUGAGAUCCAGGAGAACUCGGUCGACCUAAUUACCGGUGCUGAAUGCUGCCAUUGGGUGGACCACGACAAGUUUUUCAAAGAAUCCUUCAGAAUUUUGAAACCGAGUGGAACCUUGGCAUACUGGUUCUAUAAGGACCCAAUAUUCGUAGACUACGAUAAGGCCAAUGAAAUAUAUACAAAUUAUACCUAUAACUCUUCGUUGGAAACCAAUAAGGACGAUACCUUCGAGAGAUACAUGGGUCCUUAUUAUCAGCAGCCAGGCCACGACUAUUUGCGGACUUUAUUGAAAGAAAUUGAUGUUCCAACAAAGUACUUCAAAGACGUCGUAAGACACGAAUACGAUCCGGUAUAUGAAGGGGCCGAUUCUACGAAGACGACCCUCUAUAUUUCCAAAAAGAUCACUCUUCCUGUAUUUUUGAAUUAUGUCAAAAGUUGGAGUGCAUAUCAUUCCUGGAUGAAGGAACAUGGUGACAAAUAUGACGUUGCUGAAGCAUUUGUUGAAGAAUUGAAAGAAGCAAUGGGCUGGGAUGAUACAUUUGAAUUCGAAGUAGUCUGGGCUACCGUUUACACGUUUGCUAAAAAGAAAUGA